UUUAAAUGCAAUGUUCUAUGCACAAUCAAUAACUCAUUUAAUUUGCUUGUCUAAAUCAAUCCUGCUAUGAAUUUAAAUUAGCCUGCGAUUAAUGCACUAAGAAUAACUUUCAUUUAGGACAUGUACAUAAUUUGAAAUCAAUCCCUGAACUUCUUGGUUUAUUAUCAGAUACAUAAUAGCAGUGCAAUGAAUUCAUUAAUAAAUUGAAUAUUCUUAAUGCAUAAAUCAAUGAGUUGUUGAAACAUGUAAAUCAAUUUGUGGAAAUAGAUUUCUCAAUCACAAGCCAAACACUAACACAAAUUAGCACUCAAUAACUAAAUAAUAUCAUUACUAAACUAAUCCAUUUUAAUGGUGAUAAUAAACCAUAAAUUUAGUUAGCAUCUCAACAUACAGAAAAAUUAAUUUAAUGCUUCUCCAAUUUUCUUCAAACAUUUAAGAUUACAGAUAUUUAAACUCGACCUAAUAAUAAAACUUCAGAUAUAGCUUUGCCUAAAUAUCAAUUAAUCAAUUCUAUCAAAGAGUAUCUAUAUUGCUUUUCAGUUUGUUUUAAUUAAGAUUCUACAAUUAUGAUAAAUGGGUAUAUGGAUGGUAUUAUAAGAGUAUUUGAGUUUAAUUAAGGGAAUAUCAAGCUUAAGCAAACACUUAGUGAACACAAGGGCAUUGUGGGAUGUUUAAAUUUCAUGAAUAAUUCAAACUCGUUUGUAUCUGGUAGUUUAGAUAAUGAUAUUAUAAUUUGGAAGUUCUUUGAAAAUAAAUAGUGGCGUGUCUAAUAAAAAAUAACAGGACAUAGAAAUUGGAUUCGUUGUAUAUUAAUUAAUUCAGAAGAUAAUCUAAUUAUAUCUGGAAGUAGAGAUUUCAGUAUUAAGUUUUGGACAAAAGAUAAAACCUGGUAAUGUUCAUAAACCUUAAAUCAACAUAAAAAUGAGUUAACGAGUAUGAGUUUAAAUGAAAGCUAAACUUAUCUAAUCUCUUGUGCUUACGAUGAUGAUGAAAUAUUAAUAAGUAAAUAAUAAGAAAACAAAUAAUGGAUGAUUGCGUAAAAAAUUAACCAAAAAGGGUAUAGAUUAUGUUUUAUUAAUAAUAACCUAUUUACUGUUUAGCAAUAUCUUAUCCCUGUUAUGAAUAUCUAUGAAUUAAAUAAUUCAACUAAUUUAUUUGAUUAAAUCAAAGAAGUGAAAGUUAAGAAUGGGCCUAGUUGUCAUUGUUUUUUCUAAUCAUAAUAUAUUUAGUAAAAGUAGAUGUUAGUCUGUAAAAAUGGAAAUUAUGUUAAUAUUAUAAAAAUAAGUUAAUCCGUUGAACUUCAAUUAGUUUAAUUCAUUGAUUUUGGAACAGGAACUCUUUUUGGUAGAUUAACAGAUGAUGGAUAGUUUAUGGUAACUUGGGAUGACAAGACUUAAUAAAUUUAAAUAUUUUAAUUUAAAGAAAAAUGA